AUGGCUUCUUCCAAGAUCAAGGUUGCCGCCGUUCAAGCCGAACCCGUUUGGAACGACCUCCAAGGCGGCGUCGAAAAGGUCAUUUCUCUGAUCAAGGAAGCUGGUAGCAACGGAGCCAACGUUGUUGGCUUCCCAGAGGUUUUCAUCCCUGGAUACCCGUGGAGCAUUUGGCAAAACUCCGUCUUUGACAAUGUCCCCUUCAUGAACGAGUACUUUGACAAUUCGAUGGAGAGGGAGUCCAAGGAGAUGGACCGUAUUAGGGCAGCUGUCCGCGAAGCUGGAGUGUUUGUUGUUCUUGGCUAUAGCGAGCGAUACCGAGGAACAUUGUAUAUCGCACAGUCAUUCAUUGACCCAACUGGCACCAUUGUUCACCACCGUCGCAAGAUCAAGCCCACUCAUGUGGAGAGGGCUUACUGGGGUGACGGCCAGGCUGACUCCCUCAAGGGCGUUGUCGACUCGCAGUUCGGCAAGAUCGGAGGCCUGAACUGCUGGGAGCAUACCCAGCCUCUUCUGAGGUACUACCAGUAUUCCCAGGACGUCGACAUUCACGUUGCAAGCUGGCCUCUCAUCUGGGAGCCCCCAGAGGGCAAGCCCUGGGCCUACCACAUCUCUGGAAGUGCAAGCAACAAGUUCUCUCAGGUCAUGGCGAUGGAGGGUGCAUGCUUUGUCAUGACCUGCACAGAAGUUCUGAGUGAAAAGGGCAAGGCCAACACUAAGCUAGCGGAGAUGGGCUCAGGAUCCUGGGGCAAGACUCCUGGUGGAGGUUUCACCAUGAUCUAUGGUCCUGAUGGAUCUGAGCUCUCAGAGCCUCUUGAUCCUGGCGCGGAGGGCAUCGUCUAUGCCGAGAUUGACCUCGCUGAUCGAGCCAAGGCCAAGCAGAACCUUGACGUUGUGGGACACUAUUCACGACCUGAUCUCCUGAGCCUCAACGUCACGGGUACUGCCGCUCUCCCUGUUCGUCUUAGCAAGUAG